AACCGUCUCUUCCGACUUUUUCCCGGUUCCUUAGCCAACCCAAAGUUCCCACUUGAAGAAAAAUGCAGCCUCCCUCCUCCUCCUUCUUUCCUUUCAAUUUUCUAAUCAAAACAAGGCAAAGCACAUUUUUCUUUGAAAAAGCGCUACCUUCCUAGUCCGCUCACUCGUCUCGACCUAAACUCGGCUCCCCCAUUUUUUUGACUCCUUCAUCACAACAUGGAGAACCUGAUAUCAUUGGUGAACAAGAUACAGAGAGCGUGUACGGCGCUUGGUGAUCACGGCGAAGAAAGCGCUUUGCCUACCCUUUGGGAUUCCUUGCCUGCCAUCGCCGUUGUCGGUGGCCAAAGUUCUGGUAAGUCAUCUGUGCUAGAGAGUAUUGUUGGAAAAGAUUUCUUGCCUCGUGGCGCAGGGAUUGUUACAAGGCGGCCUCUCGUCUUGCAACUUCAUAAGAUAGAUGAAGGAAAAGAAUAUGCAGAGUUUAUGCAUCUCCCGAGAAAGAAAUUCACUGAUUUCGCUGCUGUUAGGAAGGAGAUUUCUGAUGAGACAGAUAGAGAAACUGGCCAUACCAAACAAAUCUCUAGUGUUCCAAUUCAUCUCAGUAUCUUCUCUCCUAAUGUGGUGAACUUGACAUUGGUUGACCUCCCUGGACUUACAAAAGUAGCUAUUGAGGGACAACCUGAAAGCAUUGUGCAAGACAUUGAAAAUAUGGUUCGGGCAUUUAUUGAAAAGCCCAACUGUAUCAUACUGGCAAUUUCUCCUGCCAAUCAAGAUCUUGCUACUUCUGAUGCAAUAAAGAUCUCACGCGAGGUUGACCCUAAAGGAGAGAGGACAUUUGGGGUUUUAACUAAGAUUGAUCUGAUGGACAAGGGUACCAAUGCAGUUGAUAUUCUGGAAGGAAAAGCAUAUAAGCUACAGUUUCCAUGGAUUGGUGUUGUUAAUCGCUCUCAAGCUGACAUUAACAAGAGUGUUGAUAUGAUUGCUGCUCGGCGUAGAGAGAGAGAAUAUUUUCAAAAUAGCCCGGAGUAUAGUCACCUUGCUAGCAGGAUGGGUUCUGAGCACUUGGGAAAGAUGCUUUCUAAGCACUUGGAAAGUGUGAUAAAGUCUCGAAUCCCUGGUCUUCAGUCUCUUGUUAGCAAGACUAUUAUUGAUCUGGAGGCGGAAUUGAGCCGUCUUGGGAAGCCUAUUGCUGCUGAUGCUGGAGGGAAGUUAUAUACAAUCAUGGAAAUCUGUCGAGCUUUUGACCAAAACUUCAAAGAACAUCUUGACGGCGUACGCCCUGGAGGUGAUAAAAUAUAUUCCGUAUUUGAUAGCCAACUUCCUGCUGCUUUGAAGAGGUUGCAAUUUGAUAAACAUCUUUCAAUGGAAAAUGUACGCAAGUUAAUUACUGAAGCUGAUGGAUACCAACCACAUCUUAUAGCCCCUGAGCAAGGAUAUCGCCGUCUUAUUGAUUCUUGUUUAGUAUCUAUCAAAAGUCCUGCUGAAGCAGCUGUUGAUGCGGUUCAUUCUAUACUUAAGGAUCUUGUUCACAAGGCUAUGAGUGAGACAACGGAACUAAAACAGUAUCCCACUCUGAGAGUGGAAGUAGGGAAUGCUGCUAUUGAAUCAUUGGAAAGACUGAGGGAAGAAAGCAAGAAGGCAACUCUACAGCUAGUUGAUAUGGAAUGUGGUUAUCUGACGGUUGAAUUCUUCCGGAAGCUUCCUCAAGAUAUUGAGAAGGGUGGAAAUCCUACACAUUCACUCUUUGAUAGAUAUAAUGAUUCCUAUCUUCGACGAGUCGGUAGUACUGUCCUGUCAUAUGUCAACGUGACUUGUGCAAGUUUGAGAAACUCUAUUCCGAAGUCAGUUGUCUACUGUCAAGUUCGUGAGGCGAAACGUAGCUUGCUUGACUACUUCUUCACUGAAUUGGGUAAGAAAGAGGUAAGCAUUCCCACGGCCAAAUCUCCCCUCCCUGUUGCAAAUUGCAACAAAAUGGAAAAUGGAAAAAGCAGACAGCGGAUGAACUCUGCUAAUAACCUGUCCAUUCGCUAUAUUUGCAGUCGAAGCAAUUGGCUAAGUUGCUGGAUGAGGAUCCAGCAGUUAUGCAGCGUCGUACCAACCUUGCAAAGCGACUGGAAUUGUACAGGAGCGCACAAGAAGAGAUCGAUGCUGUUGCCUGGUCGAAGUAGUGGAGAAUAACUAUUUUAACCUUGUUCCGUUUCUUGGUAGUUGAAUUGAGAUUUAUCCAUAGGAUGAUUCUUUUAUUCAUUGGAAGAGGAGGGUGGAGAGUUAAUUUGCCAUGGCUUUCUUGGUUAGGACAUUUUGAUAUUAUAUAUCAACCAGCUUUUAUUCUAGUUCCUUUAAGGCUACAUUUUAUUUCAUAUAUAUAUAUAUAUAUAUAUAUAUUCCCAUUUAAUAUCAAAUUCUCCUAUAUACAUAUUUCCGUUGGUCAGUAUAUACCUAUUUGCGUUCACACAAAAUUCUGGCAUAAUUUGACGCAACUCAACUUGAAGGUGUUUGAUCCGAUCCUCUGCUUGCGAAUUGUGAUCAUCCUAAAUGAAGGUGCUUAGUUCACUGACACCUUUCUGAGUGCCGAAUCAGGGUAGAUAACCAGUGGCUCUAAUUCACAGCACCAUCUUAAAAAAUAAGAUCAUUUUUGACACUGGCAGACCUUUUGAUCAAUGAGAAGUUCUACUCUGUCCUGUUUGGUUCCUUCAUGAAGGAAAGGAAGCACUCUGAUUAAUCAUGGUUAGCUUUGAAUGUUCAGCAGAAAAGAAAAACAGAGGUUUUCAGCAAGAAAGAAAAUAGUGGAGGUGCGGGGAAUCGAACCCCGUGCCUCUCGCAUGCGAAGCGAGCGCUCUACCAUAUGAGCUACACCCCCUUUGAUGAAGUAACCCAUCAAUAAACCUAAAAUCU